GGGGUGCGUCUCCGCGGCGCCCGUACUUCUUGAACUUUGACCGCGGCUGAGGGUGGUGCGCAUGCGCCCUGUCUCCGCAUGGCGAGCGUCCUUCUCCUGGCGGCGGCGGGAGCUGCGGGGGCCGCGCUGCUGGCGCUGCGGCUGUGGGUUGUGCUCCGUAGUCGCGCCCCCGGGCCGCGUCAGUCUCUCAGUCUCUUGGUGGUGGCUGGGUCCGGAGAGGCCAGGCCCUAUAGGCUAAGCUCUGGAGACAGCAAAGCCGACUACUGCUACUACUUGUCACAGAGUGGAGACCAGGUACUGAAGCCAUGUGAAAGGUACAAGGAUAUCACAGCGAAUGACAUGGAGGUCGUGGAAAAACUAUCAGAAAACAACGAAAAUAGAAAACAAAACAAAACAGGUGGGCACACCACUGAGAUCCUGCGGCUGCUUGAGAAGCUAUCCAAUGCUUACUCUCCUAGACAUUAUAUCAUUGCUGAUACUGAUGAAAUGAGUGCCCAUAAAAUAAAUUCUUUUGAACUAGACCGAGCUGACAGAGACCCCAAUACCAUGUUUCCUGAAUACUAUAUUCACCGCAUUCCCAGAAGCCGUGAGGUUCGGCAGUCCUGGCUCUCCACAGUGGUUACCACCUUGUACUCCAUGUGGCUCUCCUUUCCCCUGACUCACAGAGUGAAGCCAGAUUUGGCUCACACGAGAGGACCUGGGAACCUGCUGCCCCAACAGAGGAUGCCUGGACUGUGGCCCAGCAGUGCCCUCAGUGCAGCUCUGGGGAGGAAGAAAGACUAUAAUUAAGUCAAAAGAGCCACUGUUGAUCUUGAAAGAACAUCAGCCAUACAGAUGACAUGAGGAUUCCUUUCCUCCUUCAGUUCGAAGGCUGUCUUUUGGAAUUUGUUGUGAGGGAACCCAAGGCAGAGAGACUUAAAGAAAAAUAAUAGCAAAUAUGCGUAAGGGACCUGCUGAGUUGUAAGUGCUUUGCAAGCCUUACGUCACUUAAUCCUUACCAUAGGGGAUCGCUGGGUGGCUCAGCAGUUUAGUGCCUGCCUUCGGCCCAGGGUGUGAUCCUGGAGUCCUGGGAACGAGUCCCAUGUCGGGCUCCCUGCAUGGAGCCUGCUUCUCCCUCUGCCUGUGUCUCUGCCUCUCUCUCUCUCUCUCUCUCUCUCUCUCUGUGUGUGUCUCAUGAGUAAAUAAAUAAAAUAUAUUUUAAAAAAAUCCUUACCGUAACCUUACCUAGACAGCACUAUUUCAAUUCCCCUUUUACAGAUGGUGAAACUGAGGCAAAAUUAGGUGAAAUAACUAGCACAAGUUCACACAGAGAUGAAGUGGCUGAACCAGGACUCACUCCCAGGCAGUCUGGCUGGAGAGUCCGUGCCCUUACCUGGAGUCCUGCCCUCUCCCUGGCCUGUCAAUUGCUCAGAUAUUGCAUCUUGUUCACAAUUAGAAACUCUUAUUUCCAAAAACACGGGUUCCUAUCUAAAUUAGAAAACCUAGAGGUUCAUGAUUCCAUAGUGGUUGAGAAUCUCUUCUUUAACCAAAUUUGGCUUUUGGUCAGGUAGGGUGUUUCUCAGAUUACCUGCUAGAUGAAAACCUCUUGCCCCUUCCUUUUUUUUUUUUUUUUUUAGGUUUUAUUUAUUUAUUCUUGAGAGAUACAGAGAGAGGGGCACAGAGAAGCACAACCCCUGCGGGGAACCCAAUGUGGGACUCAGUCCCGGGAUUCCAGGAUCACACCCUGAGCCAAAGGCAGACACUCAACCACUGAGCCACCCAGGCACCCUUGCCCUUAAGAAGACACUGGUGGAGCGCCACCACUGAGGCCCUACUUCUCCAGCCCUCUCCUCCCCAAAGACCCCGGAUGUAAUGCCAGAAAGCAUGCAGCAAACCAAUCCCCCACGUCUGCAGAGACGGCUUCUUCAGCAUGGGUGAGAUGGGGCACAUUGGUAGCUAAGAGAGGAUAUGCUGCUUUGCCACCUGCCAUCUCCCUAUUAAUGAAAGUCCCUUUCUGUUCUCUUACACCUCAGGUGCCUUCUCUGUAUCCUGUCCCUACUCUCAGAAUGCUGUCAACUAAUCCUUUUUAAAGCAUUAACUACUAAUUUAAGGACCUAGGUUCUAGUGCUUUAAGAUAGGUCUCCUCCCCAGGCUACUUGAUUUCUAGGAGUCUUGCCAAAAGAGUUCUCUGCUAAUAGGGGCCUCAGGCUCGCUGAAAAGCUCCUCCAGAUGAGUUCAGCUGGGCUCCUGCCCCCAAAGUGGUCUUGCAGGAUGAGAGAGAGAGAAUGGCCUUUGAUGAUCACCAGUAGCCUCAUCUCCUUCUCCCUUAGCACACACAGACCCCUUUUGCAGGAAUAAAUAAGCGUAGAUGGGAUGCCAGCCUCCUUCCUGCAGUAUAGCACAGAGGUUUACAAGCUAUAGUUUGUACCAGAAUCUGGAAGCUUGUUGAAAAUGCAUAUUCUUGGACCCUGGACCCAGAGAUUCUGCUUUGGAAAGAAUUACAUUUUGGGUGAUUGCCCCUCGGUGAAUGUGAUGGGAAGGCCCGAGAAAUACUAGCAUAGAGUCGCUUCUGUCCUUGCUAGUUGAAAAGGGUCCUCUCUGAAUGGAACUGGGAUAAACUCAUUCCUUCUCCAGUUCCUACCAACGUCCCUGUCCUCUGAGUCUAUAAUAGGAGGGAAUCAGUAGUGUAACCUUUAACUCAGCUAAAGGUUAAAGUCAAUAAAAACUUCAAAAACUACCUUGAUUUUGACAAGCAGGGUCACUCUGCUCAUGCAUGUUACUGAUCGAGUCAGGUGCACCAUCACUAGGAUUUUGAUAAAUGUGUGGCAGACCACUAAGGGGAAAUAACUUGUGAAUAACUGAAUGCACAGAGUAAAGCACAUGUUUGUUGGAAAACCUUGACAGCUUACUCAAGGUGCGGCGUCCGAGCUUGGCAGCAGAGUCUAUGUUUAACCAACUACUUAAUCCAUCUCAAUUUAUUGAGUAGUAUCCUUUGUCUUUACUUCAUUGUCUAAAUGUCUCUCUUUUACACACACACACGCACACAACCAGAAUCUCAUAGGCAAGCGCUUCUGUGUAUCCUUUUGACUCAGAACUAAGGAAUCAGGUAAUCCUCUAUAAAAAUUCAUAAACAUUUUUAUAUAGGCAUAGCUUAACGAUAUUAUAGAUUUCGUUCCAGGCCAUAGCAAUAAAGCCAGUAUCACAAUAAAGCAAGUCAAUGAAUUUUUUUGGUUUCCCAGUGCAUACAAAAGUUAUGUUUAUGCUAUACUAUAGUCUCUACUAAGUGUAUACAAUAGGAUUAUGUCUAAAAACUGCAUAUACUUUAAUUUAAAUAUACUUUAUUGCUAAAAGAUGCUAACCAUCAUCAGAGCUUAGUGAGUUGUAGUCUUUUUGCUGGUGGAGGGUUUUGCCUCGAUGUUGAUGGCUGCUGACUGAUCAGGGUAGUGGCUGCCGAAGAUUGGAGUCAUUGUGACAAAUUCUUUUAUUAUUAUAUGAGAGAGAGAGAGAACACACAUGAGCAGAGGGAGAGGGACAAGCAGACUCCAUGCUAAGCAUGGAGUCUGAUGUGGGGUGCCAUCCCACAACCCUAAGAUAAUGACCUGAGCUGGAAUCAAAAGUCAGACCUUUAACCAAAUGAGCCACCAGGUGCCCCAUGACAGUUUCUUAAGACAGCAGUGAAGUUUGCCACAUUGGUUGACUCUUCCUUUUAUGAACAAUUUCUCUGGAUCAUGUGAUGCUGUUUGCUAGCAUUUUACCCAUAGCAGAAUUUUUUUUCACAAACGGAGUCAGUCCUCUCAAGCCCUGCUGCUGCUUUAUCAACUAAAUGUAUGUAAGAUUCAAAAUCAUUUGUUGUCAGUUCAAUAAUCUUCACAGCAUCUUCACAAGGAGCAGAUUCCAUCUCAGGAAACCACUGUCUUUGCUCAUCCAUAAGGAGCAACUCUUCUGCUGUGAAAAUUUGAUCAUGAGAUUACAGCCAUUUGGUCCCAUCUCCAGGCUCAACAUCUACUUCUAGUUCUCUCACUAUUUCCACCACAUCUGCAGUUACUGCCUCCACUGAAGCCCUGAACCCCUCCAGGUCAUCAGUGAGGGUGGGAAUCAACUUCUUCCAAACUCUUGUUCAUGUUGAUAUUGUGAGCCCUUCCAUGAAUGCAAGCGUUCUUAAUGUUACAUAGAAUGAUGAAUCCUGGGCAGCCCAGGUGGCUCAGCAGUUUAGUGCCGCCUUCAGCCCAGGGUGUGAUCCUGAAGACCCGGAUCGAGUCCCACGUCGGGCUCCCUGCAUGGAGCCUGCUUCUCCCUCUGCCUGUGUCUCUGCCUCUCUCUCUCUCUUCUCUGUGUAUUCUCAUGAAUAAAUAAAUAAAAUCUUUAAAAAAAAAAAAAAAGAAUGAUGAAUUCUUUCCAAAAGGUUUUCAAUAGACCUUUCCCAGGUCCCCCAGUGGAAUCACUAUCUAUGGCAACUAUAACCUUAUGAAAUGUAUUUCUUAAAUAAGGAGACUUGAAAGUCAGAAUUACUACUUGAUCCAUAGGCUGCAGAAUAGAUGUUAUGUGACGCAUGAAAACAACAUUUAAAAAAAUAUAAUAAGGGGAUCCCUGGGUGGC